AUGGUUCGUGGAUUAACGAAAUAUCCAGGAACCUCCACGAAGCUACUAAACAUCUGCAUCGAUUCCCUCUGCAAAUCUCGUAACUUAGAGAAAGCAGAAUCAUUACUCAUAGACGGAAUCAGAUUAGGCGUUCUUCCCAACGUCAUCACUUACAACACCUUAAUCAACGGCUACUCUCGUCUCCUCGGAAUCGACCAAGCUUACGCCGUAACCCAUCGGAUGAAACAAGCAGGAAUCAAACCAGACGUCUCUACAUACAACUCAUUAAUCUCUGGAGCUGCGAAACAGCUCUCCUUUACUCGUGCACACCAACUGUUCGACGAAAUGCUUCACUCAGGUUUAUCUCCAGAUAUGUAUAGUUACAACACUCUCAUGUCUCUCUACUUCAAGCUCGGGAGACACGGAGACGCGUUUCGGAUACUUAACGAGAAUGUUCAUCUCGCUGGGCUGACUCCUGGUGUUGAUACUUACAACAUUCUCCUCGACGCGCUUUGCAAGAGCGGGCAUAUAAAUAAUGCUGUUGAGCUCUUUAAGCAUAUAAAGACCCAGGUUAAACCCGAGUUAAUGACUUAUAACAUUCUCAUCAACGGUCUUUGUAAAUCAAGAAGAGUUAGCUCUGCAAACUGGCUGCUGAAGGAGCUCGAGGAAGCGGGGUACACUCCUAAUGCUGUCACAUACACGACGAUGCUUAAAAUGUAUUUUAAGAGCAAGAUGAUAGAGAAAGGGCUUAAGCUGUUCUUGAAGAUGAAGAAAGAAGGGUAUACGUUUGACGGGUACGCGAGUUGUGCAGUUGUUAGUGCUUUGAUUAAGACGGGAAGAGCAGAGGAGGCGUAUCAGUGUAUGCAUGAGCUGGUGAGAAGCGGUAGACGGAGUGGAGACAUUGUUUCGUAUAAUACAUUGUUGAAUUUGUAUUUUAAAGAUGGGGACUUGGAUGCAGUGGAUGAUUUAUUGGAGGAGAUAGAGAAUAAAGGAUUGAAACCUGAUGACUACACGCACACGAUCAUAGUCAAUGGUUUGUUGAGCAUUGGACAUACGGGAGGAGCUGAGAAGCAUUUGGCAUGUAUGGGAGAGAAGGGGAUGCAGCCUAGUGUCGUCACUUGUAACUGUUUGAUUGAUGGAUUGUGCAAAGCGGGUCAUGUAGACCGUGCCAUGAGGUUGUUUGCGUCGAUGGAGAUUAGAGAUGAGUUUACUUACACUUCUGUUGUGCAUAAUCUAUGCAAAGAUGGGCGGCUUGUGUGCGCUUCGAAGCUGUUAUUGCUGUGUUACAACAAAGGAAUAAAGAUUCCAUCGUCGGCAAGACGGGCAGUGUUGUCGGGUUUAAGGAUGACGGUAUCUUAUCAGGCAGCGAGGAAGACAGAUCACAGAAUCAAAGCUGCUAUUAAAUGCAAUGCAGUAACAGAUUCUUAAGAUAUUGAAAGGUUUUUAGAGAGAAAUUGUUAUACUAGAUUCUAGUGGAGACUUGAGGAGUCUCUCUUGGAACUAGAGAGUCUUCUUUCGUCUGCAUCAACGGAGUUCUAUCUUCAGACAACUCAGUGUAAAGUAUGGAGAAAAGUAUGUUAAAACAGUUUCUUGUGUUACCCUUACGUAAAAAUUCUUGUGUCUCUCUCUUGUAAAUAUAGCCAUUGAGAUUGAUUUUGGCCACAGAUGUAUUAGUUUAGGGUUAACUGGAUUGUUC